AUAACUAGUUUAAAACCCGGGCUAAGCCGGAAGAGCCAAAGCGGGGCUCACCAAGGCCGUUACUCGCCCUCUAGGCAGAGAAUGCAGCGCAAUUUCUGCGAGGUUUGAGCCUCGCGGCUCUCCGUUCCCGACCCCCGUGGACACGUUCCCGCGCUUUCUGGCGUGAGGGGUCAGAGGUCGCGCCGCCGUCGCGCAAGCGAACGUGGCGCAGGGGGUGGCGGCCAUGGGCGAAGCGAGCGGCGCUGAGGAGCACAUGGGAACCAAAGAGGAAUUUGUUAAAGUCAGAAAGAAGGACCUGGAACGGCUGACAACUGAAGUGAUGCAAAUACGGGAUUUCUUACCCAGAAUACUAAAUGGGGAGGUGCUGGAAAGCUUCCAGAAAUUAAAGAUUGUAGAAAAAAACCUGGAAAGGAAAGAGCAAGAAUCAGAGCAGCUGAAAAUGGAUUGUGAGCACUUUAAAGCCCGCCUGGAAGCCGUGCAGGCCGACAGCAUAAGAGAGAAGAAGGAGAAACUGGCUCUUCGACAGCAGUUGAAUGAAGCGAAGCAGCAACUCCUGCAGCAGGCAGAGUAUUGUACAGAAAUGGGAGCAGCAGCCUGUACCCUCUUGUGGGGCGUCUCCAGCAGUGAGGAAGUUGUCAAGGCCAUUUUGGGAGGAGAUAAAGCUUUGAAGUUUUUCAGCAUCACUGGUCAAACAAUGGAGAGUUUUGUGAAGUCACUGGAUGGUGAUGUCAAGGAGCUUAAUUCAGAUGAAAAUCAGUUUGUUUUUGCUCUGGCUGGAAUUGUAACAAACGUUGCUGCCAUAGCAUGUGGUCGUGAAUUCUUGGUUAAUUCAAGCCGGGUGCUCUUGGACACCAUAUUGCAACUCCUGGGAGACUUGAAGCCAGGACAGUGUACCAAACUCAAAGUGCUAAUGCUGAUGUCCCUGUACAAUGUGAGCAUCAAUUUGAAAGGCUUGAAAUAUAUCAGCGAGAGUCCAGGAUUCAUCCCUUUGCUGUGGUGGCUUUUGAGCGAUCCAGAUGCAGAGGUGUGCCUUCAUGUACUGAGGCUUGUCCAGUCUGUGGUUCUGGAACCUGAAGUCUUCUCCAAGUCAGCCUCUGAGUUCCGGAGCUCCCUGCCCCUGCAGCGCAUCCUGGCAAUGUCCAAGAGCCGCAAUCUCCACCUGCAAACCGCAGCUCGAGAACUCCUGGAAGAUCUCCGCACUCUGGAGCAUAAUGUGUAGGUGUGCUCGGCUACCAGGGUUUCAGUGAAAAUGGCAUCCCUCAUUUGAUAUCCCAAAACCAUCACCACAUGCCGUUUGUUAGAGAUGGCAAAAUGUGAUUGACUAGAGAUGGACACGAAUUGAUAUGUAUCCCCCAUAACUUGCUCUGGAAGUAAGAGUACCUGCAAGUGGUUGGUCAAGCUUGCCAAAGGAGAGGCCAUGAACAAACCUAUCCUUCUGGAAAAGUGGCCCAUGUCUGUGCUGGCUGGAAGAGGGCUUGCUCAGAGCAGCUUCUCACUGCUCAGCACACUAUGACCUGUAGGUUCACCCAUAAAAAAGGGAAGUUAAAUAACCAUCUACGCCAUUGGUCAGCAUUUUUCUGAGAUACGCUACUUCGAAAAGCAAUUCAUUCUUUCUCUAGUAAUUGUAAUUAAUUCCCCCAAAAUGCAAGUUUACUUUUAUAACCUUUUGGUGAACCUGCUAUUUUCAAUGACAUUGGACAGUUUAGUUGUAUGUUUUUUGUGCUUCUUUUAUUUUUGAAUGAAAAUAAAACAAAAGUCAGAAGAGCUGUAUUACAAUCA